AGGAAUGAUUUUUGACAGAUAAAGAUAAACACGUGCAGAUUGAGGUUAGAGAUUUAUUAAAAAAAUAUAUUAACAAUUUAUUUUUAUAAGGAAUAAAAAGUCAUGAAGUUGGAUGUUAAAGGUUUUUUUGAUUACGGGGUGUCUGAUCAUUGUUUAGAAAACAAUAAUUAUGAAUCGACUAUUAAAUUGUUGUAUGAUUUCGGUUACAGAACAAUAGCCAUAAACCAAACACUUGUUGCAAAUGAAUUAGAACAGAAGAAGAAGAAGAAAAAAGGGGAACCUAGAGAAGCCCCAUCAGAUUUAGUACCAGAACCUUUCAAAAUAACUCCACUCGAUGGUUGUGAAGGUCUAACAAUUUUAAACCGUCUAACGAUAGUUUUUUCAAAUCAAGAUGUAAUUCAUAAAAUUAUAAAGUCUCCACAUUAUAAAAAAUAUCACAUUAUUGCUGUUUUACCAGAAACAAUUCAAGCAAAUGCGUUUGUUUGUAGCAACUUUGAAGCGGACAUUUUAUGCUUCCACCCAGAGGAAAAAAACCAUAUUAAACGUUCAAGGAAAAUGUACAAACAACUCGUAGAUAGGGGCUAUCAUUUUGAAAUUCCUUAUGCUCCAGCAAUUGAAGAUACCACAAAAAGGAAAAAUAUUAUACACAUGGCGCAUCUAUAUCACAUUUUUAUCAAAUCAAGAAAUGUUAUUGUGUCAAGUGUAGCUACAAAGCCCACGUUUCUUAGGGGCCCUUAUGACAUCAUUAAUUUAGGUUUAAUAUUUGGAUUAAAUGAAGAACAGGCGAAAAACUCGAUAACAUAUUGUGGUCGUAAAGUUUUUAUCAACGCAGUUGGUCGAAAACAUGGUAAGGCUGUUAUGUUUGCUGAAAAUAUAGAAAAAGAAGGGGUUUCAAAUGAUUUUGAGGUAAUAAUUGAUGAAAGUGAGGAGGAUAUGGAAACUGAUCAACCAGCAUUAAAAAGAGUUAAACAAUGAGUUUUUAUCAUGGCUUUUUUUUAUUGUGUAAUCAAUAAAAUUAUUUAAAUUUAAA